CUCACUUUGAACGAAAACCCAGCCGCUCUGAAAAAUCUCUAUGGACCCCUGAUGUACGGAAUGCCAACGGAAGUCGUGCUUCGAGCUGCCACAGGGAACAAAGGUAGAGCGAACAUCAAAAGCCGAAGCACAACAUCAACUGCAAAAACCCAACGACAUCAACACACCCUUCUGGUUCACCUGGACGCAAAGAUGACUGCAGAGCAAAUAGCCCAAGUGUCAGAAUUCGCUGCCAGGGUCAACGGAAACGAAUUUCUACCGACGACAAAUAGCAUCGUUGUUUUGCCCCGGCAGUUCCGGAUCACCAAGGGCGGACAGAGCCUCUUGAAAACGAAACUCUACGGGAUGGCCUUCGCUGCGGCCUGGUUUUCAACAACGGCGGGAGCUGCCCGAGCUGCAUCUUCAGACAAGAAAAACUCACCCAAGGUUACCAUAUCAUCAAACGACGCUGCAGGGCGUUCGGGGUCCGGUCCGCUUUUUACCGUUGAUAGCCCUCAUGUUGCGGCUCGCACAUCAGACGUCGACUUCGACUUUUGGAUCCACAUCAGCGAGACCCAUGCGGUGUUGCGGAAAAACAUCGAGUCCUUUCUACGGCCGCUCAAAGGCUACAACCUGAUCGCCAUGGAUGCGUGUUGGAAGGCGCACUGCGCCCGGCCGCUCGGGUUCUCCUGCGUGGACGAAUCUUUGACCUUCAACUCGCUCCACGGCAAGCUCCAGAUGCACAAGCCGCUGCGGUUUCGGCAAAAAUCCGCGCGCGGGCCGGAGUGGGGUGUGUGGAGCAGCAGUUUUGUGCGGGAGGUGGCAGAGGUGCUCGUGUUGAACGAGGAAGUACUGGAGAGCGAGGAUGUCGAAGAAAAGAGAGCCGCCGGGGAACAAGACGCAGAUGUUGACACUGCAACCGGUAAAAAACCGGAACAAGCAAGGACCUCCGCUGGUCGUGAGGCAGAAGCUGCGUCGACAUCGACGAAAGCCGCCUCCACUCUUCCUCGAAAUCUUCAUCAAGAUUUCAACGACGUUAAUCUUCCCCCCGGCAUCAAACUUUUGCCUGCAACCGAAGAGUACUGGGUCAGCAGCACGACGAGCGGCACGGAUAUGCGAUGCAAAUGCACUCGUUCGACCGGAGUACACGUUCUUCAAAAUGCAUCACAAACUGCGAUGCCAAGAUGAAGAAGAACUACUUAGUAAAAUCUGGUGCCACGAAUGGACCUUGUCAAUCUGAGUAUGAUCCUGCUCGUUGAUGCGCAAAAAAUUCUGUCAUAUUGCAGCAGUGUCGGCAUUUGGAAUUGUACUUAGGUGUAGGGCGGGUAAAUUUGUAUUGCAUAGCAAACAAGUUUGUCCUGUUCCCGACGUUCGAGGAAAAUGUGGAGUGGAAAAGACGAGACAACGGGUUCGAAGACGUCUUUCAUGCUGGAACAAGUGUUACAACUAGAGGCAGCGCACAAGGACAUGAUGCUGGUCAUAAUGCAGUACCGCCGCAGGCAGAAAAAGACGAACUCCAGCUAGAAGUACAGAGAGCGACAGCUCGUCUGCAACGCGUAGAUCGCAUGUUUGAAGAUGUGGACAUCGGACAAGACGAGGAGUCUCCUUCUGGCGCGGGAGCAGGAGGCGCUGCCUCCUCUAGAAGUAGAAAAAGAAAUUUUUACACCCGAAGGACGACUUCUACUUCCUAUCACUACCUCCCCACGCUCCAGCAACGCCAGACCGCAAUCUUCCUGAUUCGGGACGCUCUCGCCCAAUACCAAUCAGACGAGGCCUACUGGGUGCAGGCGUUGCGGCUACGCAUUGCAAAAGUUGUAAUAUCGUACUAGAAGGCGAGAUUGCAUUUAUUUGAAAGGAAAUUAUAAUUCUGUCGUACAGAUUCAGGCUAGGGAGAGGUGUUUUGUCCUGCAUAAAGGCAACUACGACCUGUGCGAGUGCUGAUACUUUUGCAGAGGAUCCCGGCACUCGCCUAACCACUGCGACAAGAUGGUGAACGCCAACCUGCACAUCAACGGUGUGGUGAUGGUAUCCAAUGCAAAAACUGUCUUUCUGGUUCAUCUCGUCUAUCCUGGAAGGCUGCGUAGCCAUUUUUUGGGAUGUAGAUUUUGCAAUACCUCGCAAGUGGUCUGCAGCUACAACUUCAUCUGUGCUCACAUGGCAAGACAGAUUUUUCUAUGUGCAACUUGAUUUCUGCGCACCAAAAUUUCGCACUGGAGUUCCAGAGGACGAGGACGCAGACAUGAAAUUUCCAUAAAUUCAUACAUGGCCAGUAACAGCAACUACAAAUCCACUCGGUACCACGGGGAGUUGGACGCAAUUGGGACCAAUUCUCCACAGAUGUUGGAUGACAUUCUCUUGGGCGCAUUACGACCAGAUGAAGAACACGAGCUAGAUGAUGGCGCGACGGUACUAGAAGGGGGUAAAAAAGAUGAUCUUACAGAUCAUACGGCUGAUGAUGCACAAAGUACUUCUACAAUGGCUGCUGGUAGCGAAGCCGAGAGGACCUGCUCCGCCAAGAACAGCGGGUUGGGAACAACUGCUUCUGCCAAGAGGAAGAGCAGCUACACAACAUUGACAUCCUUCGAGAACGCGACGGCCUCGCCAAGUAAGGUCAAGCCAGGGAAGAUGAAAAAGAAGAAGAAAAAAUCAACCUCCGAAAAAUAUGUGAACGACAUCAUUUGGAAAAACUAUUUUAACAACGAGGAGAACUUUUUCGCGCGGAAGCUGCAGAGCCCGGAAAUCCAGAGUCACGUGUUUUUCGAGCGGCUUGCAGGGCGGAGUGGGACGAAGUAUGACGAGGAGAUAGCAGCUGCUGCUGCUCUUUUCGACGAUAAUCGAGAGGAUCUUGACGAUGUUGAGAGGAGAACAGGAGCUUCGAUUGCGACAUCUUCAGAGGGGGACCGGGCCACGCGGCAACGAGAGCGCGUCCACUCUGAGGAGGAAACAAGUACUCGAAGUGAGCGACGGGGACAGAGUCAGCAAGCUGGUUCACCCCGACCAGUAGAAGAACCUCCUGAGCUAAAUAACUGUUGCAACCCACCCUUGGCGGAAGUGAAGAUAUUUUUGCAAGAUGAACAAGGAACCGAUGGCGGACUAAACGCAAAUCCAAAUGGCGAUAAUGCACAUGCAAUGUUGGUAACGAAUACAAUCGACCCUCCCGCAAGUUCGCCGGCCUUUCCGGGCUUCGUGAAGCUUACAGCGGCGCCAGACGAGUGGGAUGACGACAAGAGCAGGACGGGAAAGAAGAAAAAGAAGAAGAGAAACAAGAAACGCGAUUCAUCAAAUGCGAAUGAUCACCAUCACAUUCACAAUCCGGUUCGCAUUUGGGACGUUCCGUGGAACUACGGAGAGGAGGAGUUCUUGAUGCAGGAGCGACAAAGAAGUCUGCUGUCACCAACAGAUGGAGUCCACUCUUCUCACCAACAAACAUCAUUGGCCAGCAGCGCGCCACCCGCCGAGGAUGCGGACCGCAAAGUCUUCCUCAAGUUGAGUUGGGUGAACCUUUUUCGCGAGCACCCCUCGGCGCCGUCGGCCGGCACGCCCGUCGCAACCACGGGCGCACCGUUGCCAAGCAAGUACAAAAUUGAAGUGCUACGGAUGCUAGAGAACGCGGCGGAUAAAGAAACGAGUAGUAGCACCACAUCUUCUCCACGACGAGGAGGACCCGGAGAUCUUCCAGCCACAACGCGAAACAGCACGAAGCAGCAGGUUCUAACAAUUCCAAGAAUCCACCCGACGAGUUACGGCUGGGCGUUCCUGGAUGAAGGAAGGAAGCCGAUCGAUUCAGGCCGGGUGUUUUUUACGCAUUUGGUGGAAAUUCCCCUGCCGUUGCUUUUGGAAGACGACGAUAGCGAUAGGAUUAGGACGCGAGAAGUACCACAGCAGCAGGGUGGUCGUGUUGAAAAGGAAGCACACGCAGCAAAUAACGCGACCAGGAGAAACGAAGAGGCUGGUUAUGGUAGGAAUACAGCUCGUCGCUUUUUGCUAAAGAUCAGCGGAUUCGGCGAGCGCGAAUUUCGUGUGCGGAUUCCAGCAAGAAGCACGUCACUGAGGCGAGGCUCUGCGAUUGUUGAUGUGGAUAGAAUGAAAGAACCUGCAAUAAACCUGGCGCCGAAUGCGCGUAUGACAAGGACACAGGAUGAACUGUGAUGAAGGGAAGAGGACGCGACAGUUUUGAAAGUAGGCAAAGAAGAGCAUCAAGAUCAUUUGAUACAACCGAAGUACCAUGACGACUCUCAACAGUCGGAGAACGAUCGUUGUGUCGUCUCUUAUCAUGAUUCGACAUUCACAUUCGCGCAAGACUAAUGCGAAUAUGCAGCAUAUUCUUAUUCAUGCGAGCCAGUAGUGUAUGGCAGUGUGAAGCCGUAGGCGAAAAAACAAGUUGCUAGCUCGAUAUGUGAUUUCAAAUGAUACUGUGCGAGUCUUUGGCUUUCGGUUACAACGAUCUCCACUUCAAAAAACAACUACGUACACGAUGGCUACUUUUACUUUUGCGAACUGACCACGAUUACUUUCUCGGUCUUCAAUAGUGAAGCCUAAAUCAUGCCUUAACCUCCUGGUACCUUCGGUUCGUACAACAGUACACAAUUAUUUCAAGUCGUUCGGCUUCAUACAAGGCUAAACUUGAACUUCGGUUGUGCACCGACCUCGUUCCAAGAAGCUCUCGGUUUCGAUUUUCGUACACAAAAUACUUUGUUUCGUGCACACCAAACGGACAUCGGAUUGGACUUUUUCCAAAAAAAAAAAAUCUUCUUGCCUUCGGGAAAAUGAAAAACCGAAUUAUUUUUCAU